CGAAAGCAGCAGCACUGCAAAACAUUCGCAACCAAACGAAACGAAACCAAUCGCAGUCGCAACCACAGUCGCAAUCGCAACCCAACCAAACCAGCGGUCUGAAUUCUCUCUAAAGCAUCGGCGCAAAUAAGCACGUUCGUAGCAACCGACCCGGCACAAACGCGUCCCGAAACCAAACGCAAACCCAAAACCCAAACCCACCCACACAAACACUACAAUCUACGACAAACCUACGACUCCUCCAAGAUGUUCGCCACCAAGUCCGCUGUCCGAUCGGUAUUCUCGAGGACCCGACCGACCGCCCUCCGAUCCUUCUCGAACACUUCCGCGACCCUGGCGGAUCAAUACGACGUCGUCGUUAUAGGUACGCAACUGUCACGCAACGGUGAAGCGGGGCACGACGAUUGUGUUGCCUUUUGCCGGGUGCGGUGGCAACUGCAACUGCUUUUGGUGCUGCCACCGCAGUUGGCCCGCGAGGCACUACCGGGUGGCUCGGAACGCGGGGUGCAUCCACGCACCGUUGUCGGUAUCUUGUUCGUUCUCUCAACACUCUCCCCGAACUUUUUUUUUGCUUACCGAACGAGUUGCUUUCUUGCUUGCCUGUUUGUUUGCUUGCUUGCUUGAUUAAUUGUUUGCCUAUGUCUGUAUCCACGCAUCUGCCUGCCUGUCCGCCACGCUACGCUACGAUAUCUGCCAAUCCACCCCAGGCGGAGGCCCCGGCGGAUACGUCGCCGCCAUCAAGUCGGCCCAGCUGGGACUAAAGACGGCCUGCGUCGAAAUGAGGGGCCGCCUGGGAGGAACCUGCCUGAACGUGGGGUGCAUCCCCUCCAAGGCCCUCCUCACCUCCACGCACCACUACCACGACGCCAAGCACCACUUUGCGGACCACGGGGUCGUCAUCGACGGAAACAUCAGCAUGGACGUCGACAAGAUGCAGGACACCAAGGCCAAGUCGGUCGAGGGACUGACGGGGGGCAUCGAGUACCUCCUCAAGAAAUACGGCGUGGAAUACCACAAGGGGAAGGGAAGGAUCACCGGACCCAACGGCGUCGAGGUCGCCCUCAACGAGGGGGGCAGCGAGAGCCUCGACACCAAGAACAUCCUCAUCGCCACCGGAUCCGAGGUCACGCCGCUGCCCCCGGUUCCCGUCGACAACGAGGGAGGAAAGAUCGUCGACAGCACCGGGGCGCUAGAGAUCCGCAAGAUCCCCGAGAAGAUGGCGGUCGUCGGCGGGGGGGUCAUCGGACUGGAGAUGGGAUCGGUCUGGGCCCGCCUCGGAGCGGAGGUCACCGUCAUUGAGUUCCUGGACMGGAUCCUCCCCAGCAACGACCACGAGAUCGGAAAGAAGUUCCAGACCACCCUCAAGAAGCAGGGAUUCAAGUUCAACCUCAAGACCAAGGUCRUCAAGAGCGUCGUGGAGGACGACGGCGUCGUGCUGACCACCGAGCCGGCCAAGGGCGGGGACGCGAAGGAAGAAAAGUACGACGUCGUCCUGGUCUCCACCGGCCGCAGGCCCUACACGGAGGGCCUCGGCCUGGAGGACAUGGGCAUCCAGACGGACCAGCUCGGACGCAUCGAGGUCGACUCCCACUUCAAGACCGCCGUCCCGUCCAUCUACGCGAUUGGCGACUGCAUCAGCGGCCCCAUGCUCGCCCACAAGGCCGAGGAGGAGGGCAUCGCCGCCGUCGAAACCAUUGCCGGCUUUGCCGGCCACGUCUGCUACGACGCCAUCCCGGGCGUCGUCUACACCUACCCCGAGGUCGCCAACGUCGGAAAGUCGGAGGAGGAGCUCAAGGAGGCGGGGAUCGCCUACAACGUGGGAAACUUUCCCUUUUCCGCCAACUCGCGGGCCAGGGCCAACGGGAGCUCGGAGGGAUUCGUCAAGGUCCUGGCGGACAAGGAGACGGACCAGAUCCUCGGCGUCCACAUCAUCGGUCCCAACGCCGGCGAGAUGAUCGCCGAGGCCGUCAUCGCCAUCGAGUACGGCGCCAGCUCGGAGGACAUGGCCCGGACCUGCCACGCCCACCCCACGCUGAGCGAGGCCUUCAAGGAGGCCUGCAUGGACACCUACGACAAGCCCAUYCAUUUCUAGAGCAGGAAACAAACACAAGAUGUGAUGGCAACCGAAACACCAAACCACACAACAGGCGAACCAAACGGGAGGAGACGGGACGAGACGAGACGAGAGUCGGCAACGAAAGCGUGGCAUUCCGUUCGUUCGCCACCAUGUAGUAUCCGUGCCGCAUUGCAUUGCAUUGCAAUGCACAGCAUAAUAGUAUACAACUUCUACUAGACAGUGAGUUAAGUUCCAACACCCACGAGUACGCCACUGCUGCAAGUACGCAGUGUCACUAGAAAACCACAGUCUUUGUGUCGUCGGUUGCGCUCGGGCAAUGGGUGCGUCCUCGCAUCGUUCCGGUGGCUUGUGUUGGAAAGACUUGCACCCUGGAUCCGAAAAGCUGCGGUUUUGGGAGUCCGGGAUCCCGAAACCCCCAAAACGAGCAUGUGCCUGGUUCGGUUCGAGUCGAGUCGAGUCAAAUCGAGUUGAAUCGAAUCAGUCCAUCAUACCAGCACAACCGUCGUGUCGAAUCCCGCCUCACUCGUGUAUGUAACGGUCCUCAGCCGGCGCCGGCGCUCUCGCGUUUUCAAAAUUCAUUUGUUUUUUGAACGUCACCAAACGUUUCCCCAGUAAGUUCCACCUACGCUACCGUACGAGUUGCGUAAAUAUUGGUACUGUAGCGUAGUGCACCAACAAUGACUUCAUUCUUGCAACUCGUUUGUUUGGAUUGUGCCGGGAACGGCACGAUUAUUUAUG